AUGAGCAGCAAUGACUCCUCCCUUAUGGCUGGGAUCAUUUACUAUAGCCAGGAAAAGUACUUCCACCAUGUGCAGAAGGCUGCAGCUGUGGGCCUGGAAAAAUUCAGCAAUGACCCUGUGUUACAAUUCUUUAAAGCCUAUGGAGUCCUCCGGGAAGAGCACAUCCAAGAUGCCAUCAGUGACCUGGAGAGCAUCCGGAAUCACCCGGAAGUGUCCCUGUGCUCCAUCAUGGCCCUCAUCUAUGCUCACAAAUGCUGUGAAACAAUCGACCGAGAAGCAAUUCAGGAGCUAGAGAGCAGCCUGAAGGAAAUACGCAAGACAGCCAGUGGGACUUCCCUGUACUAUGCAAGCCUCUUCCUCUGGCUCAUGGGCCGCUAUGAGAAGGCCAAGGAGUACAUUGACCGCAUGCUGAAGGUGUCCAGCGAUUCCAGAGAGGGCUUUGUGCUCAAAGGCUGGGUGGACCUCACCUCAGACAAGCCCCACACUGUGAAGAAAUCCAUCAAGUACCUGGAACAGGGAAUUCAGGACACCAAAGAUGUACUGGGGCUGAUGGGAAAGGCAACAUACUUCAUGACGCAGCAGAACUACUCAGGGGCCCUGGAAGUGGUGAACCAGAUCACAGUGGCUUCGGGGAGCUUCCUGCCAGCCUUGGUCCUGAAGAUGCGGCUGUUCUUGGCUCGGCAGGACUGGGAGCAGACAGUAGAAACAGGACACAGAAUCUUAGAAAAAGAUGAAAGCAAUAUUGAUGCCUGCCAAAUUCUAGCUAUGCAUGAGCUUGCAAGAGAAGGAAACAUGACCACAGUAAGUUCUUUCAAGACUCAGAAGGCUGCUGGUCACGUUAGAAAUCUGAUUACAGCACUAGAGAUGAGAGAGCCACAAAAUCCAAGCCUCCAUCUUAAAAAAGUUCUUGUGGUUAGCAGACUGUGCUGGAGACACCAGACAAUUCUACAGCAAGUGUGUAGCUUCAUUGAGCGCACCUUCAUGGCCACACCAUCCUGUGCCCGUGUGGCCGCAGAACUGGGCUAUCUCUUCAUCCUGCAGAACCAAGUGAAGGAGGCAUUGUUUUGGUACUCAGAGGCCAUGAAACUGGACGGGAACAGCGUGGCCGGCUUGACAGGGAUCAUCUGGUGCGAGAUCUUAGAAGGCCACCUGGAGGAGGCUGAGCACCAGCUGGAAUUCCUAAAGGCGGUGCAGCAGUCCUUGGGGAAGUCUGAGGUGCUGGCUUUCCUCCAAGCCCUUCUGGCAUCGAAGAAGCACAAGGGGGAACAGGAGGCCACAGCGCUCCUGAGGGAGGCAGUGGAGCUGCACUUCUCCAGCAUGCAGGGCCUCCCCCUGGGCCCUGAGUACUUUGAAAAGCUGGACCCCCACUUCCUGGUCUGCAUUGCCAAGGAGUACUUGUUCUACUGCCCCCAGCAGCCCCGGUCACCAGGCCAGAUCGUGUCUCCACUUCUUAAACAAGUCACCAUGAUCUUGAGUCCUGUAGUCAAAGCAGCACCAGCUCUGAUGGACCCCCUGUAUGUGAUGGCUCAGGUCAAGUAUCUCUCAGGAGAGCUAGAGAAUGCACAAAGCACCCUGCAGCGUUGCCUGGAGCUGGACCCCACCUCUGCGGAUGCCCACCUCCUCAUGUCCCAGAUCUACCUGGCUCAGGGCAACUUUGCCAUGUGCUCUCACUGCUUAGAGCUGGGCGUCAGCCACAACUUCCAGGUCCGAGACCACCCCCUCUACCACUUCAUCAAAGCCAGGGCCCUCAACAAGUCUGGAGACUACCCAGAGGCCAUAAAGACACUGAAAAUGAUCAUGAAAUUGCCAACUCUGAAGAUGGAAAAAGGCAAGAAGUUCCGUGGGCCCUCUGUGCAGCCCAGCGAGCGGGUCUCCAUCUUACUGGAAUUGGUAGAUGCCCUCCGGCUGAACGGGGAGCUGCAUGAGGCCACCAAGGUCAUGCAGGACGCCAUCAAUGAGUUUAGUGGCACAUCAGAGGAGAUCCGCAUCACUAUUGCCAACGUGGAUUUGGCCCUGAGCAAGGGCAAUGUGGACAUGGCACUGAGUAUGCUGAGGAACAUCACGCCCAAGCAGCCCUGCUACAUGGAAGCUAAGGAGAAGAUGGCCAGCAUCUACCUGCAGACCCGCAAAGACAGCCGCCUCUACAUCGGAUGCUACCGUGAGCUCUGUGAACAUCUGCCUGGCCCCCACACCAGCCUGCUACUGGGCGAUGCUUUCAUGAACAUUCAGGAGCCUGAGAAGGCCCUGGAGGUCUAUGACGCGGCCUAUAGAAAGAACCCGCAUGACGCCUCCCUGAUCAGCAGGAUUGGGCAAGCUUAUGUGAAGACCCACCAGUACACUAAGGCAAUUAAUUAUUAUGAGGCCGCCCAAAAGAUUAGUGGACAGGACCUUCUGUGCUGUGAUCUGGCAGAACUGCUCCUGAAGUUAAAGAAGUUCAACAAAGCAGAAAAAGUUUUGAAGCAGGCACUGGAACAUGACUUUGUCAAAGACAUCCCAUCCAUGAUAAAUGAUGUUAAGUGCUUACUUCUGCUGGCAAAGGUUUACAAGAGCCAUAAAAAAGAAGAUGUGAUGGAGACUCUGAGCAAGGCUUUGGACCUCCAGUCUCGGAUACUGAAGCGGGUUCCACUGGAGCAACCAGAAAUGAUCCCCUCCCAGAAGCAACUGGCAGCCUCCAUCUGUAUCCAGUUUGGGGAGCACUACCUGGCAGAGAAGGAGUAUGCCAAGGCUGUACAGUCUUUUAAGGAUGCCCUCUCUUACUUGCCCAUUGACAAUAAGGUGGUGCUGGAAUUGGCACGGCUCUACCUACUCCAGGGGCACCUGGAUUUGUGCGAGCAACAGUGUGCCAUCCUUCUACAGACUGAACAGUACCACGAGACUGCCUCCAUGAUGAUGGCUGACCUGAUGUUUAGAAAACAGAAAUAUGAAGCGGCUGUCAAUCUUUACCACCAAGUCCUGGAGAAAGCGCCAGACAAUUUUUUGGUAUUGAAUAAAUUAAUUGAUCUGCUUCGAAGAAGUGGCAAACUUGAAGAUGCUCCUGCCUUCUUUGAAUUGGCUGAGAAGAGAUCCAGCCGCGUGACUUUGGACCCAGGGUUCAACUACUGCAGAGGUAUCUACUGCUGGCACAUGGGGCAGCCCAAGGAAGCCUUGAAGUUCCUAAAUAAAGCGCGCAAGAACAGCACCUGGGGCCAGAGUGCCACCUACUACAUGGUGCAGAUCUGCCUGAACCCAGACAACGAGACUGUGGGUGGAGAGGCUUUCGAGAGCCUGGCGGCUGAGAGCAACUCCACCGACAGGAAGGAGUCGGAGCAGCACGGUGUGCGCACGGCCGAGAAACUGCUGCGUGAGUUCUGCCCGCACUCGGCCUUCAGCCAGACCCAGCUGCGACUGCUGCAGAGCCUCUGCCUGCUGGCCACCAGGGAGAAGGCUAACGUGGAGGCGGCGCUGGGCACCCUUAUCGAGAUGGCGCAGGCCGAGAAGGACAGCGUCCCCGCCCUGCUGGCCGUGGCGCAAGCCUACAUGCUCCUGAAGCAGAUCCCCAAGGCGCGCACGCAGCUGAAGCGCCUGGCCAAGGCCCCUUGGGCGGUGGCCGAGGCCGACGACCUGGAGAAGAGCUGGCUCCUGCUGGCCGACAUCUACUGCCAGGGCGGCAAGUUCGACCUCGCCUGGGAGCUGCUGCGGCGCUGCGUGCAGUACAACCAGUCCUGCUGCAAGGCCUAUGAGUACAUGGGCUUCAUCAUGGAGAAAGAGCAGUCCUACAAAGACGCAGUCACCAACUACGAGCUGGCCUGGAAGUAUAGUCACUACGCCAACCCGGCCAUUGGCUUCAAACUUGCUUUCAACUACUUGAAGGACAAGAAAUUUGUGGAGGCCAUUGAAGUCUGCCACAAUGUCCUGGCAGAGCACCCCAACUACCCCAAGAUCAGAGAGGAGAUUUUGGAAAAGGCCCGAGGGUCCCUGAGGCGCUAGCCUGGAGAGGCCAUCAACCUACAGAAGUUUCCUGGAGGGGUGGGAAGUGUGUCAGUGAAGAGGGGAUUCAGAAAAUGACCUAUUCUGCCCCUUUUCUAUAUUAGAUGUGGUUUAUUUUGAAUCACCUCAUCUGGCCUAAGGGGCACCCCAAAGCUUAAAGGCAUUUUUAAGGCACAAGAAGUAAUUUUGCUCUGGGGAAGAAAGACAUCAACUAGCCUAGCUUCUGCUGGGCUCACUGGGUACUUUCUAAUAGGCCCCACUUUGUUUCCCUCUGGGGGCUCCCAGUGGAGUGGCCGUUUAAAAAUACCCUACAGCUAUUUUAAAUUGUUGUAUCAGCCCCUAAAUGCCUGUCCAUCCUGUCUGGUCCCCAGCACCCUGGAGCUAAAGAGCAACUGUUACUGCCUGCCAUACUACCCACCAAGUCUGCCCUGGCUGUGGUCCCAGCAUGCUGUGGGCAGUGGGCCCAAACAGGAGAACCAGCUGCAGAGGGCCACCAUAGCUGAGACCCUGUGCGAGAGGGACUGCAGGUUGCAAGGGCCAUUGUCCCACCCUGUCCAUACAUUCUGCACCCAUUCCCCCCUCAAGUCUUCAGCUGGCUUCUGCUGGUCUUCACCAGUUUGAGACAAACCUGACUACCCUUGCCUGGUACAGGAAAAUACAUUCCAAAAGAAAAUAGUUCCCACUUCAGCUUUUGUAAAAGACACUGGCCAACUAAUUCAUCCUCCAGAAACACUUUUAAUGCCUAAGGGGGCAAAUGCAGUGGUCCCUAUUUAGAUGAAUAAUGUUAAUUGUAACUGGCAAGAGGGUGACAGAGGUCAUCUUUGCUGUGCUCCCAGUACCGCUCUUCCUGUUUUUCAGGAUGGCAAUAAUGGGCCAGUCUGGCCUCAGGGGAAGAAACUCUGAACUGGGAGUCAGGCAUCCUUGGAUCUCCCCUUGUGACCUUCCCAAGUCCCUUUGGGUCCCAGGGUCCCCAUCUGUGGCAGGAAAUUAGACUAGAUCUCUUUCCCAAAUCAUGGUACAACUCUCUGCCAGUGAUAUACAGCAAACAUUUUAAAGUUUAAUAACUAUGUGUUUGUACAUCACUUUUACAUAAUAGAGAAAAAUAACUAGCACAAGAAAUUUGUGAAUUCAUGGGUCCUGUUCCAUAGGCUGGGUCUAACUUAUAUGGCAGAGUUUUUAAGAGAAGUUGUCUAGGGCUAAGGUUUGAGAACAGUGAACAGUUAAGGGGCCCUUUUAGAACAUGAGUUGUCCUCAAUGGCCUGAGCCUUGUUUUAUAACAUACUGCUGAUCACGUGCAUGGCCUCUUGGUAUGAGUCGGUGAUCUGGAAUGCUUUCCCCGGGUUACUACCAUCUUUCCCAGUCCCUUUUCCUGUGAUCUGCUUUACCACCCAGUUUUGUUGGAACAGGUUUGUUGAGAGGCAGAUCUGUCUGUAUGGGGAAUGAUGCUGUAAAGGGAUUGUGCAUUAAUCACGUUUUUGU